CAAGUGAUCAAGUGACUGAUGAAGAAUAGUGAAUAAACUUUUAUAGUGAAGUAAACCAAAAAUUAUAACAUUGAUUGUUGCAUUUUUAGUUUUACUUAGAAAAUAAUUGUUAUCAAUAAAAAUGAGCUUCCUAAGAGAACUACAGAAACAGAAAAGGAGACUGAAAGAAACGGAAACCAUAAUAACUAAAGUAGAUGGAAAGAGGUAUGUUGAAAUAGGCCAAGAGGUAACGCAACUGAAUGAUCAUGUCUAUGGUUUUGUAGUUGAUACUAAACCAGAUGACAUACCUGUACUUGUAAUAGAUUAUCUGUACAUUGGUUCACAAGAUUGUGCAGUCAAUAGUAUUUUAAAGACCUACAAUAUAAAACAUGUUUUAAGUUUAGGUAUAGAAGUUAAUGUUGAUGUUGAUAAUAAAUUUGUUAUUAUAUUAGAUUUGCCUGAAUCUGACAUUAAGUUUGCAUUGAAAGAUUGUUUACCAUUUGUAAAAAAUGCCAUAGAUAAUAGAGAAAAUGUUCUCAUCCAUUGUAAUGCGGGCGUGUCGCGAACCGCUAUGGUUACCAUAGCUUAUUUAAUGCACUAUGAGUUAAUGAGUUAUGAAAAUGCUUACAAUUUAGUUAAAAUUAAGAGGCCAGCAAUACAGCCUAAUGAUGGAUUUAGAAAGCAAUUAAUUUGCUUAAAACCAGGCGAAUGUAUAUGAUUUUUUUAAUAAAAUAUAUUUUGUAAUAUACAAAUAAACACUAACUUAUCAUUAUAUU